GAUAUGAAUGCAUACGUGUUUUUGUACAAUCCCCUACGCAGCGUGCGGACAAACCUUGCUAGCUGCACUGUGGUGUUUGACUUGUUAUGCUGCAAGCAGCUGGACUUACCAGCACAGAAGACAAUCCAUAAGGUGAUGCUCAUCGUUGACACCUCUGAAGAUUACUUGAGUAGUAAUCGUUGGUACCUGUUCCCUACGGAGCAACCCACCUGUACAGCACUCAGACUGGGGAGAGGGCUCCUGAUUGCAUUGUCUGUCGACUACGGGCUUGAUAACAGACUCCACAGCAACAAGACGCACCUCAGCGAAGUACAGGGAGUCGAAAUUGUUCACCACCAUCAUGAAGACAUCACUUUCUCGUAAAUGCUGAGUCAUGG